UGAUUUCUGCUGGAGAUGAGGGGAGAAACAUUGGUAUCUUCCGUCUUCAGAGAUCUCUUGCUUUUGCCACUUUUCUCUUCUAAAAAUCCAAUCGAGAAGCUUUCCGACUGCGAUUACUCCUAUUGCAUGGCAGCCAAUUUGCAGAGGCGAGGAAUCGCGAGCUUUGGGAAGCGAUUCGUCGAACGAAGCUGGGUCGGUAGCUUCCGAGAUCCUGCUGCAGUUAAGAUUUCUGCUUUCAGUUGUGUUGACAGGAGAGGUGCGCACUGCUCAGCCUACGACAAGAACCCGGACGAUCAGGUACAUCCGACCGUUGUACCGGACGAUGUGAUACAGCCCGAGUCCGACAAGUACUGGGCCCCACACCCCAAGACUGGAGUGUUUGCGCCCAGCGAGCAAAACGGACGUGCCGGUGGGGACCACCACCCACCGCCUGUGGAUGGUUCGGUCCUGGAGGAGAAGGCCUGGUUCCGUCCGCUCGAGGACGUUGACAAGCCCCACCCCGUCUAAAAAGGACGAAAACGGCGUUGGGUAGCUUCCGUGGAGGAAGUGGGGCCCACAAUGUCUACGAUGGUACUGGACUCCAUUUCUCCUACCGGUGCUAUAUGUACGCAGCUUUUUCGUGUCAGAAAUACUCGUAUAUGUACGUAUCUUGCUUUGGUCGGUUUGUCUUUUAGACGACUACAUAUUUUCCUAAUUUUGUGGAAGAAAUAGGGCUGUUUGGCUGAUUACAUGCACCGUAGCUGCAAUUUCCAACAGGAAGCACAGAAAUACGGUAGAGAUCGUCCGCUACGUAACACGUGGUAGGUGGUGCGUUAAUCAGUUACCUACCCGUAUGUCUUCUUCACUUUCUGAUGGUGAAUGUUGGCCGUUGAUGAUUUCAUUCUCCGUCAGUUGCUUCUAGGGUCAUCGAAUGGAUGCCUUGGAUCAUAUGGCAUAUGUGAAAUUUGUGACCUUUUGUGUAUUAAUAGAACAUGGGGAUUUUAGAA